GAGAAAGGCUUCACCUUCUGAUCUGAUGCCUUGAUCAAUGAGAGCCCUAAACUGAAGUAAGGACAAGAUGGAGGCAGAGGUAGAAGGUUGGUUUUCUGAACACACAUCUUUAAAACCAUUUAUAUAUCCAGUACCUGAGACAAGGUUUCUUCAUGCAGGAGUGAAUGUGUAUAAAUUUAAGAUCAAAUAUGGCAACUCUAUGAGUACUAAUGACGACCUUUAUGGAAGUAUUGUCAAUGAAGAACUACAGGAUGCUAUUCGAGUAAUACUUGGAAACCUUGAUAAUUUAUAUCCAUUUACUACUGAACACUUUAUCAUUUUUCCGUAUUUAAACAAAUGGGAAAAAGUGUCAGACUUGAGAUUCAUGCAUGGUGAUGCAUUUCUUAUUCCCUAUCCUUAUGUCUGCACUAUCUAUGUAGAAUUAAAUUCCCUGAAGCAAAGUGUGUUGUGGGGUAAAGCAGGAUAUAGAGAGCCCUGUAACUCUGACAACAGUAGAAGUGAACUUGGAGAGACUGUGGACACAGAAAGAACUGUUAAGUGGAGAAGACUGGAAAGCACAGUAGAAAUUUCACAUCCACAGUUAUAUGUGGACAGAAAUGCAGCUAAGAAUGCAACCUGUUUUUAUGACAUAACCAAGCCAGAUGUUGGCUUUGAUAAGAAUCAGCCAGGAGCAACUGAGUGUCAGUGUUGUGGCUCUGCCUCUGUUAACAGUGGUUAUGAAAAUAGGAGUUUGUGGGAAUCUGUGCCAUAUGUCAGGACAAAAAAUGCAGAGAACCGCCAGCAGAAUCAACAAGCAGCAACCAUGCAAAAGAGAUCAGAGAAAAGCACGGAGUUAAAAACAAAAGGCUUUUUAGAGUUAUUGAAAAGCACUCUCUUUCCACCGUUAUUACAGCGCAUUUUUAGUGGAAGCAGCCAGCUCUCCUGAAGUAUUAACAACACUGGAAAGGUAUCAUUACCUGUAUCUUUAGAAUUACAGGGGCUCUGUUUUACAUUUGGUGUUUGUAUCCUCAUUUCAGCUUUAAAUACUUAGUUUAAAGGUACAAUUGAUUUUAAAAGUUUAUUAGAGAUGUA